UCAAGAAAUAGCUUCCUCGCAUCAACCACCCAGAGUCAUGCCGCACACGACGCACCUCCACGUGAAGUCCCUUGGUCUUCCUGAGAAUUCCAAGGUCAUUCUAUCCACGCACCCCGUUCUGGCGCAUAAGUUGACAAAGCUGCGCGAUGCCAAGACGGAUGCCAACCUCUUCCGACACUUGCUUCGUGAAAUCACGUUCUACCUUGGGUAUGAAGCAACCAGCGACCUCUCGACGGUACCCAAGCAAAUCAAGACUCCGUUGGGACCACACCAAGGGUCGGAACUUGCAACGACGGUUGCAUUGGUUCCCAUCCUUCGCGCUGGGUUGGGCAUGGUUGAACCCAUGCUUGAUUUGCUCCCAAAUGCCCGCGUGCAUCACAUCGGCAUGUACCGCAACAGCAAUUCGUUGCUUCCAGUGCAAUACUACAACAAGUUGCCCAAAGAGUGCCACAUUGACUGCGCCAUUGUGUUGGAGCCUUUGAUCAACACUGCGGGGACGAUCAUCGCGACGGUCGCCAUCCUCAAAGUCUGGGGGGUGUCCCAGAUCAAGAUUAUCAGCACCAUUGCGUCCAAGGAUGGACUCAAGGACCUGUUCGCCAAGCACCCGGACGUGGAAGUGAUUGUGGCCGCCAUUGACGACACGUUGUCGGAAUCCGGCGUGAUUGUCCCAGGUCUUGGCGACGCUGGCGACCGUCAAUUCGAUACUGACGUGCACCACAUCUCGGAAAACGGGGGAAACCACAAGCGGAAGCAUUCCGAAGAGUAGGAACAUGCGCAUAAGAGAUAGCACAUUCGCCAUCCCGCAAUUCAAACACGAUUCCUCACAUGACUUCUUUGAUUCCAAA